UAUUGCACUACUAAUUUAAUUUAGUCUGUUAGGAAGUAGCCAAAUUCAAUCUUGCUCACAGAGCUACUCAGAAGGUCGCUGCUUACACUGCACAAUGGCAUUCCCAACGAACGAGGUUUCGGCUACCACUAAUGAUGUUGAAACAGUUUUGAACGAAAUAUGUGAAGUGCUCAAAGCCCAUGAAGACAGAUAUGAUGGUGUAAUUGUUGACAUAGAGAAUAUGCAGAACGAUGCUUGUCGUUUUGCAGCUUCACUGAAGGCAUCACUUUCUCAAUGGGCACGCCAGGGAAAGAAGGCGGUGUGGAUUAAAGUUCCCAAGGAACAGGCGAAACUAGUACCCGUUGCGAUUGAGGUGGGAUUUGGGUACCACCACGCAGAGCCUUCAUAUGUGAUGUUAGUGCAUUGGAUCCCUCAAACUCCCCCCACCGUCCCUGAUAAUGUUUCACAUCAAGCGGGAGUUGCAGCUUUUGUAUUCAACGAGGACGGAGAGGUAAAGAUGUAAUCCAGUUCUUAUAUA